CUCCAACAGGAUCUUGGGAUUUCUUGACCGCAUCCUGUUUACCCAUCCAGCACCUGCUGCACUGUUGUCUCUGACAGUCCAGCAAUUGUGACCAUUCAGCUUGCAUGACAGCAGCACAACAGAGGCAUUUAGCUCGGUAAAUCGGCAAUAAGGUAAUUACCAGGUAAUUUGCAAUGUUGAGUGAGGGACUUUAGGCUUAUCUUUUCUCUCUCCAUCACUUCUCUCCUGCCCAUGGUCUCAAAAUCACCUCCCCACCUCGAGCUUCAAAGACCAUGCCGCCUCCAAAUUCCAUCCCAGCCCCUCCCGCCAUCACCAUGCACCGCGAAACAUUCACCACCUCCGACUCCUGCCGCAUCAGCUUCCAAACCUCCCACCCGCUCGGCGCUCUCCCCCAUGGUGAUGGAACCCAAGCCCUAACUUGCAUCCUCCUCAUCCAUGGCUUCUCCGGCUCCUCCGCCUACUUCGCCCGCAACCUCCCCAUCCUGUCCGCCCACCACUGGACCAUCGCCCCCGACUUGCGCGGCCACGGCGACUCUGGCCAUAACCCCUCCCGCGGCGGCUAUCACGUGGCACGCCUCGCAGCCGAUCUACGCGAGCUUCUCACCCUCCUUCGUCGUGCAGCGUCAGACGCGGGGCGGAGCCUCAAGUUUGUCCCCGUGGGCUGCUCCAUCGGCGCGGCGGUGGUGUGGACCUAUGUUGAACUCUUUGGCGAGGAGGCAGACCUCGCCGGCUAUGUCUUUGUGGAUCAGGCGCCGCUGCAGGAUCGGUCGCGGUUCGGGUUGAACGGACCGUGGGAUGAGCGGUUUGCGCAUAAAGGGUGUUUCGACGAGGAGAGUAUGCUUGCUGCGCAGGAGGCGUGGAUUAACGACCCCGCGGAGACGCAUCGGGGGUUGGUGAGGGAGUGUUUGGGGUAUCGGUUCUGCCCGGAGGAAGGGGACGGGGUGGGGGAGGAGGAGAAGGACAGGGAUGAGAAGUUUUUCACGGGGAUUAGUGCACUGUGCGAUGGGGGGUGGCUCGCGAGGUUGUUGGCGGACCAUACGAGGUAUGAUCAUCGGGAGGCGAUCGAGGGCAUUACAAGGCCGUUGCUGGUAAUGGCUGCGCGGAGGAGUGGGUGCUUCACGCUGGAGGGGUUGGCGGAGACGAUGGAGAGGGCAAGGAAGGGCGGCAAUCAGAUGGCUGAGAUGAUAGUGUUCGACUCGGGCCAUUGGCUAUUCUAUGAGGAACCUGAGCGAUUUAAUCAGGAGCUGCUCAAGUUCGCGGGUGCUUGCUAGGCCUUACCUUAAUUAACAUGUGCUCCCAAAGCGGUCUCGUCAUCGGAACAAGGCCUCGGCCUGAAGAACUCAGCAACAAGGCAUACACCGAGACUGGACAUCUGACCCAGCUCUCUAACACACUCCCAUAUCUAUCCGUAAUAUCCCUGACCAAGAUGCUUGCUAAUCAGACCCCAAGAUGGAACGAAUCACAUGUUUAAGUGUAUUCGCUUAAAGUGUUGAGAAACAGAAAACCGACUAAUACUUCUAGUAGAUAGCAAACACAGA